CUCUUGGGAUAGAAUCGAACACAUGAGCCGCUAUGCCAAAACAACGCAUCUAUUAACAGCGAUUGGCGAACAAAGCCACAAGCCCGUGCACCGCCGCUAAUCACACCAUUUAUCUUUUCUAUAUAAUAUGGCGCACCUUUCUUCUACUUCUUUUGUAACUCCUGAUAACCCUUAUUGUCUCCUUAACUGACCCUUUCAGCUCUACAAACCCUAACCCGCGAUGAUUGCUGCCACUCCAUGUUCUCGCUCAAUCAGUUGAAAUUCUUCAGCUACAUCUUUGAAUCUCUAGAUUUUUUGGUUUUCUCUGACGGAGAUUUCAUGUUUCAAUUUAUCAUCGCUGAAAGAAGAGUCUUCAAGUCGUGAUAUAUAUCUAUCUUUCGAGAUUUUUUCAAUCGGCGAUGGAGGAUUUUCUCUCCCCGGUGUUGGCUUAUCGGAUGGGUUGUUGAAGAUUUGGAUCGGUGGAAUUCUAUCUGAGUUCGCUAUUUUGGCCCUUUCUAAACUGAAGAUUGGGGUUUUUUUCCUCCUGUUGGUGCGAUCUAUCAAUUCUCCUUGAAAUUCCCAGUGAUUUGCCCGGAACCGAACGAAUUUCUUGGAUGCGAUGAAUUUCAGGCCGCUAUUGCUGGCAUAAGGCUCCUUUUGGCCUUUAUUCUGCAUAGAGCAAAAUAAUUGUUAAUCGGUUGGACUUCAAGACUGAAUAAGGGGGUAGCAUCGAAGAGUCUUCAUUUGUUGGUUUGAUCAAUCUUUCUUGAGUACUUGAAGAAGAUAGAGGAAAAAAGUUGUUCAGCUUUGUACUGUUAUAUAUUUUUGUUGAGUUAAAUAUCAGGCCAUUUUUUUUGGUUGGCCUUUGAUUGCAUACAAUUUCAUCUAGGUCUUUUGUGUGCUAUUAUUUUGGUUUUCAAUUUUUUAUAAGAUUUAGUGACAAAAACCAAUGGCUGUAUAUUACAAGUUUAAGAGUGCAAGAGAUUAUGAUUCAAUACCAAUGGACGGUCCAUUUAUAUCUGUUGGUACUUUGAAAGAAAAAAUAUUUGAAUCAAAGCACUUGGGCAGGGGUACCGACUUCGACCUUGUUGUCACUAACGCCCAAACCAAUGAAGAAUAUCUUGAUGAAGCAAUGUUAAUCCCAAAAAAUACGUCUGUGUUAAUUCGUCGGGUUCCAGGAAGACCUCGCAUGCCCAUUGUUACUGAGCAAGAGCCAAAGAUGGAAACCAAGGUGGAGGAUACCCCAGUAGAGAAGGGUAGUUUUAUGGCAGCUGAUUCAUCUGCCAUGAAAUAUACUGAAGACACUGAAUGGGAUGAGUUUGGGAAUGAUUUGUAUGCAAUUCCUGAAGCACCAGUAGUUCAGUCUAGCAAUACAGUUCCUGAUGCUCCCCCUGCAAACAAGGCUGAUGAAGACAGCAAGAUUAAGGCUUUGAUUGAUACUCCAGCCUUGGACUGGCAACGUCAAGGAGCUGAUGGAUUUGGCCCUGGUAGAGGUUUCGGAAGGGGUAUUGGUGGAAGAAUGGGCGGUCGUGGCUUUGGUCGAUUAGGAUUGGAGAGGAAAACGCCUCCACAGGGCUAUGUAUGUCACAGGUGCAAGGUACCGGGGCAUUUCAUUCAGCAUUGUCCUACAAAUGGUGAUCCAAACUAUGAUAUCAAGAGAGUAAAACCUCCUACUGGCAUUCCAAAGUCAAUGCUAAUGGCAACACCUGAUGGUUCAUAUGCAUUACCUAGUGGUGCAGUUGCUGUUUUGAAGCCUAAUGAGGCUGCUUUUGAGAAAGAAAUUGAGGGCUUGCCUUCUACACGCUCUGUUGGAGAUCUUCCACCAGAGCUUCACUGCCCUUUGUGCAAGGAAGUCAUGAAAAAUGCUGUACUAACAAGCAAAUGUUGUUUCAAGAGCUUUUGUGAUAAGUGUAUAAGAGAUUAUAUCAUCUCAAAUGCAAAGUGUGUAUGUGGAGCGACAAAUAUUCUUGCUGAUGAUCUUCUUCCAAAUAAGACACUUAGGGAUACUAUUAACCGGAUAUUAGAAUCUGGGAACAGUAGCGCUGAAAAUGCAGGAAGCACCUUUCAAGUUCAAGAUAUGGAGUCUGCUCGCAAUCCACAGCCUAAGGUUCCAUCACCCACGCAGUCUGCUGCUUCUAAGGAAGAGCAGAAGCCCUUUGCUGGUAACACACAAACCCCAAAUGCAAAUAUGAAGGAACAAGUGGAUGAGGAGAAGCCUGUUGUUAUCCUACAGCAAGUCCCUGAGAAACCGAGGACUGCUAAAGUGCCUGAUGUAUCUGAGGCUACCCAUGAGUCAAUGAGUGUAAAGGAGCCAGCAUCACAAUGUAGUGCUCCACUGCCUGAGGAGGAAGUGCAGCAGAAGCUGGUUGUUGGUGAGGCAGCGAAGAAAAAGAAAAAGAAGAAGGUUCGCAUGCCUCCAAAUGAUUUGUGGAAAGCACCUCAAGAUCUCACAGCUGAAAGUUAUAUGAUGCCUCUUGGACCCUCUCCCUAUAAUCCUUACUGGGGAGGCAUGCAGCCUGCUAUGGAAGGUUAUAUGAAUCCUUAUGCCAGUCCCAUGCCCUUCAUGGGUUAUGGACUGGGCCCUAUGGAUAUGCCAUUUGGGGGCAUGAUAUCUCCAGACCCUUUUGCUGCACAAGGUUAUAUGAUGCCUGUUAUACCCCCACAGAGGGAUCUUUCAGAAUUUGGAAUGGGUAUGAAUGCUGGGCCUCCAGCAAUGAGCAGGGAGGAAUUUGAGGCUCGGAAAGCUGAUUUGAGGAGGCGGCGUGAAAAUGAAAGGCGAGCUGAAAGUUUAUAUUUGAUCUGCAGCAGGGAGUUUCCUAGAGAUCGGGAAUUCAGUAGGGAAGUGAGCAGCAGUGGUGAUAUUUCUUCGAUGAAAUCUAAGUCUAUUCCCCAACCAUCAAGCGGCGAUCUUCAUCCUCACCACCGCCAUCCACCUGAGAGGUCCUCUCCUGCCCGCGACCUUGAACCUCCAGCACCACUGCCUCCGCGCCCUUCUAAAAGAAAAUCCGAUCACGAGAGAAGCGACCGUGACAGAGAUCGCGACCACCACGACUACGAUUAUGACCGAGAACGAGACAGAGGUGAGCGCGAUCACCAUCAUCGCCACCACCACCAUCGUUCUGAACCCCCUGCAAAAGCUUCAUCUGAAGCGACUAAACCAGCUUCAUCAACAAUAGCAGACCGCAAGCAGAAAGCAAGCGUUUUCUCUCGCAUUAGCUUUCCAGAAGAAGAGCUCGCCACAAAGAAGCGCAAGCUCUCUUCCUCAGGGGAAGCUCCUGCUGCAGUAGCUGGUGCUACCUCUGCAUCUGCUGCUCACCACAAAUCUUCAUCCUCAGUUAAUGGAUAUUAUGAUGACUAUAACUCCUCGUCUGUGAAGGUCACAUCUGUAUCCGCCAGCGGUGGAGGCAAGAAGAGUAUGGAUUACGAAUCAAGUGAUGAUGAAAGGCAUUUCAAGAGGAAGCCAUCGAGGUACGAGCCCUCGCCCCCACCACCGGCAGACUGGGAAGAGGAUGCGAAGCAUUCAAGAGGGCAAAGAGAAAGAGAAAGAGAAAGAGAAAGGGACAGGGACAGGGAUCGCAAGCAUAAAUAAAGGGAUUUGAUGGAGCAAGUUGCCUCCAAUUGAGAGGAGGCAAAAGCUGGUGCCACUUUGUUGGAAAGGCGUAGGUCAGAGAAGUGUCGGUCUGAGUAAUCGUUGUAUAUGAUAAAAUGCGCCUCUGAUAUGUUAUGCCUUUGAAUAACGUUUCAGCUUCAGACAUGGAACACGUUUGCAUUUGGAUUUUUAUAUUAUGAUAAUUAUCGUAUAAUACAUUUAGACAUUUUCCUCCUUU